AUGUGCAAAUUCAUAAAACUGAUCAACAUCAUAUUGCUUCUAUAUCUGAUCAAAGAAAUAUCCACGGCUGUGGAAUUUACGAAUGUCAAGUGCAACUCGUGGAAUAAAACGUUUGCUGAUUUUGAGUAUUGCCAUCUAAAGUCGGUCAACCGAAGUUUUAAGUACUUGUCGCUGAAGGUAAACCUAUUCAAGGUGCCUAUAACCAAAGUGAAGGUGAACUUCUCGUUGCUCAAGCGUUACAAUGGCUACAAGCCAUUUCUAUACAACAUCACAGUGGAUGCUUGCAAAGUGCUGAGACACCCGAAAUCCAAUCUGAUUUUUGGCUUCUUUCACGGCCUGUUUAAAAAAUACUCCAACAUGAACCACACCUGUCCCUACGAUCAUGAUUUAAUCGUUGAGAAGCUGCCAAUAAGCUUUCUGAAUCAACAAAUGACCGGAGAGCUCAAGUUUCCACAUGGCGAUUACCUUUUCCACUCCGAUUGGUAUGCAUAUGGAGUUAAUCGCGCCACCGUAGAUUGCUAUUACUCACUUUCAUGAAUCUGUAAGCCUGGUACUUUACACAAAAUAUGCGAUGAGGU